AAUUGCUUUUACAGCGCCAGACUGGAGUUCGGCUUGCAGUUUGUUCUUGUAGUACACGUUGAAGAACACAUCCAUCGACUGGAAUAUAUGUUGAUACUUUGAAUUUAUAUCAGUGAGUUUUUUUUUGUAUAAAACGCAUGGAUAUCUACUUUUAAGGCUUUUCACAAUGCGGUCCCUCAGUAUAUGGUUAAUAUUUCUUGGCAAUGAAAAGUUUUUCUUGACGGACAGUAAAUAAAAAUAACACAUCAACAGAACGUUGGUUUAGCCAACAACGAAGCCUUGUCCACUAGCGCCCCUCAAUGGACUAAGUGGAGGACUGCACAUAAGUGGGAAUUUUUAAGCGACAGCGCACGAGGAAUAAUGGCAGACGGGGAUCUGAUAGCCACGCACUACAACAACACAGGAAAGGUACGGACGGACUCAGGGCUGAAGGCAGACUCUGUGAUCUUCAUCAUUGUGUGCUGCUUCAUCAUCCUUGAGAAUGUGCUGGUCCUUCUGACCAUUUGGAGGACCAAGAAGUUCCACAAACCCAUGUACUACUUCAUCGGGAACCUGGCUCUGUCGGACUUGCUGGCGGGGGUGGUGUACACGGCAAACAUCCUGCUUUCGGGGGCCAACACUUACAAACUAACCACCACGCAGUGGUUCUUCCGGGAGGGCAGCAUGUUCGUGGCCCUGGCGGCCUCGGUGUUCAGCCUCCUGGCCAUCGCCAUCGAGCGCCACCUCACCAUGCUGAAGAUGAAGCUGCACAACAGCGGGAACACCUGCCGCGUCUUCCUGCUCAUCAGCAUGUGCUGGUUCAUCGCCGCCAUCCUGGGCGGCCUCCCCAUCAUGGGCUGGAACUGCAUCGACCGCUUGAACAGCUGCUCCACGGUGCUGCCCCUCUACCACAAGACCUACAUCCUCUUCUGCACCACCAUCUUCAGCGUCAUCCUCAUGGCCAUCGUCAUCCUCUACGCCCGCAUCUACGCGCUGGUGCGCACCCGCAGCCGCAAGCUGGUCUUCCGCAAGGUCUCCAACGGCCGCGGGAGCAAGAGCUCGGAGAAGUCGCUGGCGCUGCUGAAGACGGUCAUCAUUGUCCUCAGCUGCUUCAUCGCCUGCUGGGCGCCUCUCUUCAUCCUCCUCCUGCUGGACGUGGCCUGCGACAUCCGCAAGUGCGACAUCCUGUACAAGGCCGAGUGGUUCCUGGCGCUGGCCGUGCUCAACUCGGCCAUGAACCCGCUCAUCUACACGCUCACCAGCAACGAGAUGCGCCGCGCCUUCCUCAAGAUGCUCCUGUGCACCGUCUGCAGCAAGCCGUCGGGCAAGUCCACGCGGCCAAUCAUCGGCGCCGAGUUCAGCAGGAGCAAGUCCGACAACUCCUCCCAUCCCAACAAGGACGAGCCGGAGUACUCGCCCCGGGAGACCAUAGUGUCCUCUGGGAACAUCACAUCCUCCUCCUAGGAAGCCUCCUGCCUUGUGGAGUGUAAAUGUCCCUCACCACUAAUCAGUGAAUGUGUGCGUGUGUGUGUGUGUCUGUGUGUCUGUGUGCCUGUGUGCUGAUGUUCGCCCUGGACAUUUUUACCCCCGUUUGUAAUAUUAUUCGGAGGAGUUCCCUAGCACUAUGGAAAGGGCUGAGGCACAGUGAGAACUCUUUUGCCAGGAAAAAAAGGGCCAAACUGGAAGGAAAUGUGUAUAUAACUACAGCUUCUUACUUGAACUGGAAACUGUUUCUUUUUUUCUGUUUCUUUCCGAUGCCCAGAGGACUGCUGGUACUGGACUUUUCCCACUUUCACAUGAAGAUGCCACAGAGAAGCACUUAGCACCUGAUUUGUAACCCUGACUAAUGAGUAUUAUCCUUUGAAUUUGCUUUUUUCAUGUGAAGGAGACGUGCAGUUUCAGUUCAAGGUGUAUUUGUAUAUUACGUACAGCACUUGUUGUAAAAGUGCAAACAAAGGACUGUUUCAGACAUUAUUGACACUCUCUAAAAUGAGUAGUUUGAAAGAGUGUAGUCUGCAGAUAUUAUUAUUAUUAUUAUUAUUAUUAUUAAAUAUUUAAGGAAUACAAUUAAUGAUGAAUUUGUAUUUCUUUGACUUAAACCUUAAUUUCCAUUCGAUGUAUAUCAUACCCCUGAUUGAGAAUGUAUUUUGUACUUCAUUUUCUAUUAUUAUUUCACUUUUAUUGGAUAGACCAUUCUUCCCGUAGCUGUGCUGUGUAGUUAUAUUAAUAAUACAUCUUGGAAACAGUUAAAAGCAGUAUUGUAUAAAUGGUGGCUAGACUGAGGAAGCCUGAAUGAGGUUUAUUUUCUUUGACCAGUCAGGCUUUUUCCUACUUUCUCUUUCUGUGUUGCCAUUGGACAUGUUUCUGUUUAGAUCUUUGAACCACCCAUUGGCCUGUCUAUUGUGUUUCCAUACCGUUGUCCACUUGAGUAGCCUUGGCUUUCGUCUAAUUUCAUGCAAAUCAACAGUGCGGUUUGUACAAAGUACAUGAAAGGGGCAUGGUUAACCAUGGACUACAUGAAAAGCGAAAAGAGCAUCAAGCCUAUGUAGAAGGCCCUCGUCAUCUCUCAAACCUGUCUCCUGGGUCCGUUUGUGUCAGCCUGAAACUGCAUCCAACCAAUCAUUUGAAUAUUGACAUAAUUCAAAUGUGCAUCACAAGUGGUUUGGGGUGAAAACAUCCUGCAGCAACUCUUAUUUUGUUUUUAUGUAAAAAGUGUGUUUGCUUUGUUUGACUCCCAUUUAUGCUAAGUGAGAAGAAACAAUUCAGUGAAGUUAAUUGCCAAAAUGUGUAGCUCUUUUAUUGUUCAUGUUGUUCCACCACUUAUUUGCACACUGUAAUGUUUGUUUUGUGUUCGUACUGUUGUUAGAUGGUAAUAAAAAUCAAACAAAAGGG